CCGCUGGUUAGUUUGUUCUGCCUGUCCAACUAGUCGGAUUUGAAGUUCGAAAUCUCUCCGGACUCUCUACUGGCUACUGUGCAUCAAAUUCAGGUGUUGCCUUGUCGGUCAUGGAUUGGGACUCAUAUCCUACUCGGAUUAUUAGAGUUGGUUCAGCGGCCCUAUAAGUGCUGCCCUGCCCCCUCGGUUGAAUUAAGUGUUGCUUGGUAGCGCGAGAAGCAAUCCGUAUCUAGACUUAGGGCAUCGGUUGUGCAAUUGCCCCAAUGGAGGCGUGUAGUGUCGCCAGGAUAAUGAGCUUAGGGCAUCUGGACUUGACAAUUUUGCAUAAGCUGCUGGCUCUUUCUCCCGGUUCACACAUGAAAUUCAGAAUAGACCCGCCGCUCGUGGAGACCGAGACCGAGACCGAGACCGUGGUGCAAGAUUCUCACAGGAAGUUCAGAAAAGACCCGCCGCUGAUGGAGGCCGAGACCGUGGUACCAAAUUCGUACAGGAAGUUCAGAAAAGAACCGCCGCUGAUGGAGACCAGGACGCUCGUGCAAAUUUCGGACAGGAAAUUCAGAGAAGACCCAUCGCUGAUGGAAGCCGAGACCAUGGUACAAAAUUCGCCGGAGCUGCCGCUGGAUGUAUUAAUAGAUAUCUUUGCCCAACUAGAGAUCCCUGACUUCAUACGCGCUGGCUCUGUCUGCUCCGCCUGGCGCUCCGCGUAUACCAUCCUACACAGCCAGAUUGAGCAGUACAAACGGCGCCAGACACCUUGCCUCCUCUACACCUCUGAGUCUGUUGCUGACAACGUAGCUUGUCUCUACAGCCUCGCAGAAAAAAGGGUCUACAAUAUUACCCUUCCGGAUCCACCCAUCCGUAGUAGGUAUCUGAUUGGGUCCUCCCAUGGCUGGUUAGUUACCGCCGAUGACAAGUCCGAGCUUCAUCUUCUUAAUCCGAUAACUGGCCAACAGAUAGCUCUCCCGCCCGUGAUCACCAUUGAGCAUGUAAAGCCGAUCUUAGACGAUGCCGGUGCAAUUAGUAAAUAUGAGUUGUGGGAUGACUUGGAUGUGGAAAUCCAUGAUCUGGACAAGCUCCGUGACUGCCUCUACUUCCGGGCAUUUGUGUUUCCUGAUCCAUCUACGGGAAGCUACAUUGUGGUUUUAAUCAUCUUUCCAUACCGCCAGCUUUUGUUUGCAAGGGUAGGUGAUUGUAAGUGGACCUUGCUGCCACCAGGUGAGGACUAUGAACAAUGCAUCCACAUGGAUGGUCUAUUGUAUGCGUUCACAAGAACCGGGCAAAUCGAUGCUUUUGAUCUCACUGGUCCUACCUUCACGAGGAAUGUUAUUGCAGACGAGAUGGAGAAUCACAUCAGUGGGAUGGAUGGGUUGAUGUAUGUUGUUCAGGCCCCAUGUGGUGAUCUAUUGCAAGUUUGCAGGGGUGCUGAAGUCACAGAAGAUAUCCUGGUAGAGACUGACAAAAUAAUGGUAUAUAAAGCUGAUAUGUCAGCAAAAAAGCUUGUGAAAAUGAACGGCUUGCAUGAUCAUGUGUUGUUUCUUGGCCGUAGUCAGUCACAGUGCCUUAGUGCUGAACAAUAUCCGCAGCUGAAGACAAAUUGUGUUUAUUUCACUGAUGACGAUACAUAUAUUUCGAGGUAUAAGAAUGAUCGCCGGGAUAUUGGUAUUCUCAACUUAGAAAAUGGUGGCAGGGAAGAAAUUGCAUCCAAGCUUUGGUGCAACUGGCCAAAUCCCAUAUGGAUAACACCCAAUAUCACAAGGAUGAACAUGGGGGUGUACAAAUAGUUAAUGUACUGUAUUUAUUUGAGUAUCUACCUUCUCGAAUGCUAUUAGAGAAUGUCCAAUAGGACCAUGUCGACAAAAUUUUCUAAUUUGGGGGGCAACUGCUAUGACACAGAGGCGUGUUCUGUUUCUCUGUUCUUCAUAUACCUGGUCUCUUAUAUUUUAUAAAAGGCUUUUAUUUUC